UCCUGCUACAAAAAAGUUACUGAAUUAUCCAUCCACUCUGGCAGCCAACAGCAGAAAUCCUACUCUAUUACUACUACGCUUCUUAGUAACUGCUGAUACUAUCCCACUGCCACUGGAGUACUUCAUUCCAAAAGGCGGCACGUGGUAUGACACUAUUUCCAAAAGGCAAGAGCAUAAUUCAGGGACAUCGCAUACGGAUGUAAGCGACGUGCCCCAAGAGACACAAACUUGAAAGGCAGAUUAUUUAGGAAACGGUGGAGACGCCCAGAGUAAGUAAAGAGGACCUAUGUUUAGUGGCCUCGAAGUCACUGCUGCGAGGAUCUGGAAGCUGCUUCAUUCAGCAAAGCGUGUCAGAAAGAAUCCCAGGACAAGCAAGCGUCAAAAAAAAUGAGGCUCUUUGUGCUUGACUUGGGGGCUGGACCUGGAGAGCUAACCCUAAGCUGCUGCGACACUAAAGGCAGAUAAACAUUCCGGUGCUACCUAAACGGCGGGGAAGACAUCUCAGAUACUCCUGGUGACAACAGACGGGCCGGAGCUCGGCCUCGGAUUCCCCAGUGGGGGCGGGGAGAAGAGAGGCAGGAAGGGACCGGACUAGACGACGUUCCGGGCGAAAACACUUCGAUUAUUAGAGGCACGCCUGAACGGCAGGAGGAAGCCGGUUCCAGAGGCUCCUCGCACUCUCCUCCUCAAGGGUCCCGAGAGCCGGAGAGAGCCGAGGAGGAAAUUCCCAAUCCCGUCAUAGACGCCCCCGGGAUGCAGGCCCUUCUUACCCGCCGCUUCCCCUUCCCGCUGGCGCCCGCUCAGGCUCUGCGUGCGCAGUCGCGAUAAGCUAGCGCACAGACGGGGCGGGGAAAGUCCGGCGGGGUGACACGGCGCGGGUGACUGGGCAGUGCGGACUGCUGAGGGCUUGAGGCGAGGCCCGGCCGGCUGAGGGGGCCUCUCCACUCCGCUGGCUGGGCGGGUCUGCGCGUGCGCACUGCUCUUUCGCUCACGGGGAGCGGCGGCUCUUGGUGCGGCGCUGCUGUGGCGCUGGGCUCGUGCUUGACUCCCGGCGGGCAAUGGCCUUUGGCCAGCUUAAGCUCCCGCCUUCUGGGGCUGGCCGGCUUGCCCUUUCCACGCCGCCUACCCUCUCUCGAUUCUUGGGGCGUCUCAGGCAGCCAGCGAGCCUCAGUGCUAAUGAAAGAGUCGGGAUCUGCUCUCCUCACACAGCCUAUGACGCUGCUCCCCAGGAAGUCAACAACUGGCUGGCUAAAGGGCUUGCAGUUUCCACCUCCAGGCCCAUCCAUCCUUCCAAAGCUCCUGAAUGCCCCACGGAGGGAAAACACAGAGUAGAAUUCAAUGUUACCCACACCCAAGAUCUGGACAAAGUCAUUUCUGCAGUGAAAGGAAUUGCAGGUGUAUAUGUCACGUCUUUUUCUGCUAGGUCGGUUUACAAAGCAGCAUACUUCUCAUUUGCAUGUGGGUCCCUGAGGAGGAGAACUAUGGGAUUUUUUCAAAACAAAGAUGUUCCCUGACCAGGGAUCGAACCUGUGCCCCCUGCAAUGGAAGCACGGAGUCCUAACCACUGUACCACCAGGGAAUUUCCUUCAUUGUCUCUUUUAAUGAACAAAAAUUUAUAAUUUUACCAAUGUAUUAGUCUAUUUAUUUAUGUUUUGCACUUUUGGUAUAUUGCCUAAGAAAUUCUUCUCCUCCCCAAUGUUAUAAAGAUAUUAUAUUUUCUUCUAAAAGUGUUAUAAUGUCUCUUUUCACAUUUACUUCUUUAAGUCACUAGGAAUUAAUUUUUGAGUAUGGAU